AUGAGCAAUCACGAAGAUAAUGCUGCUACUGCUCCCUCUAUUCCUGUCUUUGUGAAUCCAAACAUUCCAAUACCUAAGUUCAAGCGGAUUUGGAGCAAUUAUGAAACAGCGUCUACUCUCAAGGAAAAAGACAAGGAGUUUGACUCUGAAGAUGACAAAAAAGACAUAGACAAAGUUCUAGAAAAAUUUGAAUCCUUCUGCAUUGGACAGACCAAUGAAACUUAUGAAAGGUACACUUUCUACAAACGAGACCAAGAAAUCAAUGAAAACAUUGACACUUAUGUGGCAAUUCUCAGAUCUCUAGCGAAAACCUGCAAAUUUGAUGCUCUAGAAAACGAUAUGAUCCGAGACAGAAUUGUACUUGGAAUCCGUGACAAUGGAACACGCAAAAAGCUACUGCAAGAAGCAAAACUGGACCUAAGAAAAUGCGUUGACAUAUGCAGAGCAAACGAAAAGUCAACAUCGCAACUUAAAACCAUGGAGGAAGUUCACGCUGUCAAAUUCAAAACCAUGCGAAAAACUAAACCGCUGAGAACAACACAAGCGCACAGAAAAGAUUUCAAACAAGUCCCAGAAACAAAAGUUCAAAAGGAAUGUUUAUAUUGCGGUAAAGAGCACCUCUUCCUUAAGGAAUUGUGUCCAGCAUGGGGAAAAACAUGCAGGAAGUGCAAUAAAAUGAAUCAUUUUUCAUCAAAAUGUCUGCAGACAAAGCCGAAAUCAAAACGGGAACAUGUAAAACAAGUCAACCAGGAAUCCAGUGACGAGGAAUUCAUCCUCAUGAUCGAAAAUGUUAAUGCCAUUGAGAAAAAGAUUUUUGCAGAAAUCGAAAUUGGAAAUGAUACAGUGAAAUUCCAAUUGGAUUGCGGAUCAACCGUAAACGUUCUACCCGAGAAAAUUUACAAAGAAGUCUGUAAUGACCCCUAUCUCAGGAUGUUACAAAAGGCAGACAUGACUCUGGUAAUGUUUAACAAGUCGGAAUGCCAACCCCUUGGAAAACGGCGAAUAAGCGUCCGCAACCCCAAAAACAAUAAAAAAUACAACAUAGAAAUUGUUGUGGUCGAAGGAAAUCUUAAUCCUAUUCUCGGAGCAAAGGCUGUACAAGGAAUGAAAAUGAUAACUGUCAACACAGAAAACAUAGCAGCCAUUGAGUCAGCCUCCCAAAGCAACUUCAUCAUUGAAAAAUACAGUGACGUAUUUAAUGGCCUGGGUAAACUGGAUGAAAAAUUACACCUCGAUGUUGACAAAUCAGUUACGCCAGUAAAACUACCAACAAGAAAAGUCCCGAUUGCAAUGAAGGCACCGUUAAAAUCUGAAAUCGACAGACUGUCAGAUUUAGGCGUUUUGGCUCCAGUAACAGAACCGACUGACUGGAUAUCGUCAUUGGUGGCUGUACGGAAGCCCAGUGGGAAAAUGCGUCUGUGUAUAGAUCCCAAACCUCUGAACAAAGCGCUAAAGAGAAAUCACUAUGCAACACCAACUAUAGAUGAUAUUUUGCCAGAACUAAGCCAAGCCAGAAUUUUUUCUGUAGUAGACUGCAAGGAUGGCUUUUGGCAUAUUACUCUCGAUGAUGAGAGUAGUUUUCUCACAACAUUCGGAACCCCUUGGGGUAGAUAUAGAUGGCUCCGCAUGCCAUUCGGUAUUAAACCAGCAAGCGAAGAAUUCCAGCGGAGAAUGGAUGAAGCUCUAUCUGGUAUACAUGGAAUCAAAGCGAUUCAUGACGACAUAGUCGUAUACGGUUGUGGAAACUCGGAUGACGAGGCCAUACGUGAUCACGACAAAAAAUUAUCUACCUUGCUAGAGAGAUGCAGGGAGAAAGGAAUAAAAAUCAACAAAGACAAAAUGAAACUAAAAUUGCGAUCCGUGUCAUAUUUAGGACACAUUAUCUCAAGCGAUGGACUCAAAGUUGACCCCUUAAAAAUCAAGGCAAUCACUGAAAUGCCAAGACCUAAAUGCAAAGCAGACAUACAACGUUUACUAGGAAUGGUAAAUUUUGUCCAGAAAUUCGCGCCAAAUCUCUCGGAGAUAACAGCACCCCUCAGAGACCUACUAAAAGCAGAAUCGGAAUUUGUGUGGGACAAUGCUGUACAUGGCAAAACAUUUGACGAAUUGGAAAAAACUACUAUCUACGAGUCCUAUACUUCGUUUCUUUGA